AUGUCGAGUGAUAAUGAAAAUCAAAAAUCACCUAAUCGUUUACGUUCACAUUCACGUUCAAGAAGUCCAAUUCGUCUUUCACCAUCACAUAAUAAUCAACAGUUAUCAACACCAAGAGAUUAUCAUCGAUCGACAUCGAGAAAUAAUAAUGAGCAUGAUUUUCAUGAUAGAAAAAAUAAUCAUUAUCGAUCAAGUUAUUCAAAUCCUAAUAACACAAAUGAUCAUCGGAAUACCGAUUGUGAUCAAUUUAAUCAAACAGUUAAUUUAUAUUCAGAUCGAGAACUUGGAUUAAAAUAUCGAUGGGAAAAAACAGUUCAUGUUUCAAAUAUUCCUUAUGAUAUGAAAUGGACUGCAUUAAAAGAUUUAUUUCGUAGUGAAGUUGGUUCAGUUAUGUAUAUUGAAGUAUUCGAACGAGAUGGAAAAUCACUUGGUUGUGGAUCUGUCGAAUUUCGAACUGUUGAAGAAGCAAAACAUGCUGUAGAAAAAAUGCAUCAAUUUGAAUAUGAUGGGCGAAAAUUAGCGGUUAAAUUAGAUGAAGAAUGUUAUCAAACACGUCAAGCUAAAUAUCAAACAGUUGAAGGACGUCUAUUUCAAAAGAAUAACAUGCUUCAUCAUCAUUAUACUCUAUCAAAUCAAUUUGGUAAUACAAGUGAAAAUACCAAUAGCAUAUCUCGCUCAUCUCAAAUAACAGAUCUUGAUUGUAUUGGUACAUCACAUUCGAAUUAUUCAUCUAUUGCUGAUAUUCCAUCACAUGUCUUAAAAAGAUUAGACUCUAUUGAAUUUACGAAUAUGAAUAUGAAUACAGCUAAACGAAAAUUAAAUUCUAAUAAACGAAUAAAAAAUUUUCAAUGUGAUCAAAAAAGAUCAUCAAUAACCACACUUGACAAUGUAUCGAAUGAAUUAUUUUAUGAAAUAUUUGAUUAUUUGGAUGGUUAUCAAAUUUAUGAAUCAUUUUCAAAUCUUAAUUAUCGAUUUUACCAACUGCUUAAUUCUUCAUGUCUUCUAUUCAAAAUGAUAGAUUAUUUUACAAUUAAAGAUGAUUGCUUUAUGAAUAAUUGGAACGAAAUUAUAUCAUACAACAGUAAACAAAUAUUUUCUCUUACAUUCUAUACAUCAUCACGUAUCAAACAAUUUUUCUCAUCAUCAAUUAUUGAAUCAUCAUCUCUCAUUAAUCUUCAAGCACUUUUCCUUCACAAUGUACAAUUAGAUAUACUUAUGUCAGAUCUUAUCAAACUAUCAUCUUUACCACGGCUUAAAUCAUUAACUAUCAACAUGUUCGAUAUAUCAAUUGAUUUAGCUAAUAUUUAUCAAUUAGUAUUCAAGUUGUCAAUAUUAACAUAUUACAAAUUGUCAAUAGGUGCUACAAAUUUAUUUAUAUCAUUACCAAUUGCUACAAAUCAACAACAACAAAGUGCAAUUGAAUCGCUUAUUAUUGAUCAUCGAUGUUCAUUUGAUGAACUUUCUGCUAUUAUUUCUUUUACAUGGCAACUACGUCUUUUAAAAUUAACACAUGGUUUUAAUGAUCCUUUAAAUAAAGUAUUAAUUCCAUCGAUAAUGUUAGAAUAUUUAACCUAUCUUUCAUUAGAUAUUUAUGGUGUAGAAUUUGAUGAUUUUAAAACAUUUAUUCGAAAAAUUAAUUCGAAAUUAAAAACAUUAAAUGUAAUUAUUCAAUGUGAGGAUAUGACGUAUCUUGAUGCUUAUCAAUGGGAACAAUUACUUUUACAUUGCUAUCCUCAAUUGGAAAAAUUCUAUUUCACAUAUUAUGAUCUGGCAAAUGAUCUUAAUCUUUUAUUUGUUAAAAUAUUAGUCGAAAAAACCAAACGUGUUUUAACCAUUACACAAAUCUAUCAUUUGAUUAUUAUUGAAAAACAUGCAUCAAGUUGUGUAUUAAUUCAAUUGAUAGAUCUAUUACCAGAUUUAAUUUCGUUGAAAAUUCAUUCAUUAUCUUUAGAACAAACAAAUGAUUUAGAUAAUAUAGGACUUUAUAGUGUUCAUGUACGCAAUCAACGUCAAAUUACUGCAAUUUAUCUUGAAGAAAUCAAUGAUAUUGAUGAUUUUUAUUUUAUUUUGGUCGUUUGUCCUCAUAUGAAAUAUUUUAAAGUGGAACGUUUAAAUAAUAUGAAUAUUCAUUUUGUUUUACGUAGAAUUCUGAAGGGCAUUAAAAAUCAUCAUACUGAUUCUAUUCGUUCAUUAUGUUUUAAUGUACCAGCAGCCGAUGAUCGAACAAUUGAAGAUUUACAAGAAAUGAUUAUAAAAGAACAAUUACUUAUUCAAUUUACAAUUAGACGUCUUGUUGAUAGUAUUUAUUUACAAUGGACAUAA